CACCACUCCAAGGUUGUAUUUGCUGUGAAAAAUCAUUACAAAAAGAUUGAAUCUUCAAGAUAAAAAAAUAUACAAACAUAAGUUUUUCAAUGAACCGCAGUUUGCUUCAUCAUGGCUGAAGUAUCUGCCGAAGUACCGGAACAUUGCCCGGGGACACAAAGUGAAGAUGCAGGAAAAGUUUCAGCAUGUGCCGGUUGUCCAAAUCAAAGACUUUGUGCUUCUGGAGCAACAAAACAACCUGAUCCAGGCAUUGCAUUAGUAAAAGAAAGACUUGCUGAUGUUAAAUAUAAGAUUUUAGUACUGUCAGGUAAAGGUGGAGUCGGCAAAAGCACAGUAACAUCACUGAUUGCUAGAGCUUUAGCCGCAGAUAAUCCAGAGAGAAAUGUUGGGGUGUUAGACAUUGAUAUCUGUGGUCCAUCACAACCAAGAGUUUUAGGAGUUAUUGGAGAACAAGUUCAUCAAAGCGGUUCGGGUUGGUCACCAAUUUACGUAGAAGAUAAUUUAUCGUUAAUGUCUAUUGGAUUUUUAUUAGAAAGUCCUAGUGAUGCUGUUAUAUGGAGAGGACCAAAGAAAAAUGGAAUGAUUAGACAAUUCUUGUCUGAUGUUGAUUGGGGAUCUUUAGAUUAUCUCAUUUUAGAUACUCCUCCAGGUACUUCAGAUGAACAUUUAUCAGCUGCAUCAUAUUUGAAAGCAAGUGGAAUCACUGGUGCUAUUGUUAUCACUACUCCACAAGAAGUCUCGUUACUUGACGUUAGAAAAGAAAUUGAUUUUUGUAGAAAAGUAAAAAUUCCUAUUUUGGGUGUAAUUGAAAAUAUGAGUACUUUUGUGUGUCCUAAAUGUAAGAAUUCCACCGAGAUCUUUCCAGCAUUAACAGGUGGUGCUCAGCAAAUGUCUAAAGACUUGAAAGUUGAAUUUCUGGGGUCAAUUCCUUUAGAUCCUCUCUUAGCACGAUGUUGUGACGAAGGAAAAAAUGUUUUUACAGAAAUGCCUGAAUCUCCUGCAAUAAUUGAGUUUAAAAAACUCGUUACAAGAAUCAUUGAGCAAUGUGAGUAUAAAGACGAUUCAACAGCUAUGAUGGAAUAAUAUUUAUUUAAAAAGUAUAUUAUAUUACAUUGUGUAUAUUGACUAUUUAAUGUAUGUAAUUACUUUUUCCAAAAAAAAUACAUCAUUAUUUGUAAACAUA